AUGCCAUGGAUCUGGAUGAUUGCUUUGCCUGCCGCGGCCGCUUUCGGCGACGACUGGCCCUUGCGCCAGGUCUGCAGCGACAUCGGAAGGGUAAACUGGAUUCAGAUGCGCAGGUGGCUCUGGAGUCAGGUCAGCGCAACAGACUCCGGGCUCUCCCUGACCACCAAGGACACACGUCGAAUAGGAUUGGUGUCCGUGCAGGCUUUAACGACCUAUCGCCACGGACCCGCCAACGAAGAGGCAUGCUGGCUGGGUGUCCUCGCCCUGCAGUUCUGGGGCCUUCUGAUGCAGUUUCCGCAGAUUUACCCGCACGAGUUUGAGGUGGAUUGGCGACUCUUCGCGAGUGCGGACUGGACUCUGGUCCUCUUGUCCGAGUUCCCCAUCUUCGGGCUGCUCCACCAGGCACAGCAGGCGAUCCAGUCCUGUGAGAUGUUCGCGGUUGGCACGACUCGCCUUCCGGGCGGUCAUCGCUUGUGUCCACUGCCUCGCUGUGACCUUCAAGAUGAGGCUGCGGCCGAUGCGCAGGAGAUACAACGAGCCCAGCUCUUCUUUGAUAUGCUGGUGAACAGUGCUCUAGCUGGGGAGGCAGUGUUCAUGGUGACGCUUCCUGGAGUGCCGCGGUGCCCACUGGGCCAAGCAGCGCAGGAGUUGGCAUUCGCCGUUGUGGACGCCGUCCGCUACGGUGCUGGUGCAUGGCCGCAGAUCUCCCGAAUGGUCAUGUCCGCCAAAAGCCGCAUGAUGAAGUGGCUCGAGGGAGACUUGUCUCAAGCUCCGCAGCGCAGGGAUGAGCUGGGAAACAUCUCCACAGCAGACCCCUUGAGCGAGGUCUUGGCCUCCCGCUGGAACGUGCUGGGCCUGCUCCAUACUCUCCAGGUGGUGCUCCGGCGAAGCGUGGACGGCCACGCUGACUUUCCGCUGCCGUGGCUCGUUGCGGAGGGUCCACAGGGCUUGGAUCUGCUUGCAGAUACGCGAAGUCUGCGUGGCAGCUUUGCUCGAUACUUGUUGGCCAACCUCCGUCGCGAGUUCUGGGGCGGAGGGCGAGGGGUGGAGUCGCUCGGCACCAAAAGGGUUGUGGUCAGUGCCGCGCCUUCAUGGGGGUCUCUUAGUUCUGAGAUUUGCAGACUCAUGUCCUGCUUGAGCCACAAGUUCAUGGACCUGUCAGCCAACGAGGGACUGAUGCUUGAGAGUCUGACGCGUGAGCUAGGGCCGAUUGUUCGCAGAGUCCAUGACAGAUGCAUCGCGCAGCCAAGCAAAUACUUUUUUUGCCAGGAUUCGGUCAGGUCUCUAUGA